GUAUUUGUAAUUUUAAGGUGUUGAAAUCAUUCGUAACUGAUGUUUGGCAUUUGUCUAUUUUCUGUAGAGUAGAGUGGAGUAGAGUAAAGUUCUCACAUUUAACUAUUAAUACGUUUCUAUGAUGACGAUCUUAAUAUUGAAAUGCAGGACAUUAAAAACAUACUGAUGGGGCUAAGCAAUAAGCAAAUUUCACAUUUCUGUAUUUUAAUUUGACUCAUCAAAUUCCGGAUGGUUACCACCCCUCGGCAGGUAGGUUAUCCAAGUGACUGCAUGUAAUUGACUCUCACAAUAUUUGCGAAUGUUUGAGAUUCGUUGUUGGCUAUUAUUUCAAAUUCUCUAUUCUAUUUGCUUGUCUUUUUUACGUUGAUAGAGACAAAGGACUUUUACUGACGAGGUCUGGGUUAUUCAUUCCAUGCAAAUCAUGAUCCCAUUCCUAACUAUGAUUAUCAUUUCGAGUCUCUUUUAAAACACUGAAAACAACUGAAAUGUCAGGGAUUACAUGUAUGAGAUACUAUUCGUAUAUACGACUUUUCUACGUUUAAUCAUUUUACUAACGACAGCAUUAACGCCGAAUCAGGAUCACUAUUUAUACCUGAGUAUCAUCGGCACGCCUCGUGCCUUUCCGUAAAGUCCACGAGUCUAAAUAUAGAUCGCUGGGAAUUUCACAGGGAAAUUUCUUUGCUGUCAGUCGCCUGCCUGUUUAUCGAAUGUCGGAUCCUUUGACGAUAUUGUGCUGAAUCUGUCACCAACUGCACCAGAAUCACGAUGAGGAUGCCUGAUGUGGAGUCGCCGACCAACAACAGCAGUCUGUGGUACAUCUGUGUAGUGUGGGUUAUGUUGGGACUUCAGCUCAUGCUACUGGCUGCAUCAAGAUUGAUCGGUGUCUGUGAGAAUGUGCUGACAUGGCUUUUCCGACAUGUCCAUGAUCUUGGCGGAGGAAAUGGAAUGAAAAGUAACAACGAUGCAUGUGAUUUCCAACCUAGACCUCUUAUUUUGGUUGUUAACAAUUCUCGGGGAAUGAGAGUUAAAAGUCUGCCGUCCCUUCUGAAAGGUUCACUGUUAGUGAAGCUUAACGCAUUCAGUGUGCCAGAAGGGACAUGGAAUACGGCUGAUCAUUACGACCUCACGGAGAAGGACCAUGAAAUAAUCACCCAACAACCUAUUUCGGACAUCGAAGACAUGUAUUGCAAGGCAGAAAUCGUUGAUAAUCAGUCCCACGCCGGGUAUCAAAGGUUCCCGCCUUGCCACACGUUCAUUGACACAAUUAGGAAGAACCAUAUGGUUCAUCCAGGUGAUGCAUGUACCUUGAUUUCUGACUAUCAAGAUGAGCCUACCUUGCCGGAGAAGAGUGUGCAGUGGUUCCUCCUGAAGUGUAUUGCUAUAGUUGCAAUACACGAGCUUCUGAUGAUAAAUUUCAGAAAAAUUCAGGAUCCGGAGAAUAAGGAUGAUGCGUGUGGAUCAUCUUGUAGAAAUAUGGUGAAUACUGAGAUGGAUUUUGCCUUAAAGGAAGUUUGUGUUAAGUUGUCCAACGUUGCUGGUUCCGAGCUGAAAAAUCAGUCCUCAAAUCUAGAAAGUCGAAAUCUAGGCGAAGCGUCAUUGUCAGAAUUCGACACAAAUAGGAUCAUGGACACAAAAAGGUCUAACGCUCAAAGGAGACCCAGCAACUCAGAUGCGUAUCGGCUGGGGGGAGACAGAUUGUGUCAGUCACCCACUGUAACAUCAGGGCUUGGUGAUGUACCAUGGGAGGUAGAAACAAAUCUGGCAGAAUGCAAAUCGGAAACACAUGACAUGAGUGCUGAGAAACAUCCAACUACGUGGCACAUGUUACAUGAGGACGUAGAAGAGAACAAUCCAGAGGGUUCAGACAGUCAAGCUGGUGGCAAGCCAUAUUAUUCAGACAUAAAAUCUGAUGACAGGCCAGAAGGUUUGGGCACUCAGGUUGAUGGGGCGAAAGAGGGUUCAGACAUGCAAACUGAUGGCAAGGUUGAUGGGAAGAGAGAAGGUUCAGACAUGCAAGCUAAUGACAAGCCAGAAGACUCAGACAGGCAAACUGAGAGCAAGCAAGAGGGUUCAGACAUGCAAACUGAUGGCAAGGUUGAUGGGACGAGAGAGGGUUCAGACAUGCAAGCUAAUGACGAGGCAGAAGACUCAGACAGGCAAACUGAGAGUAAGCAAGGGGGUUCAGACAUGCAAACUGAUGGCAAGGUUGAUGGGACGAGAGAGGGUUCAGACAUGCAAGUUAAUGACAAGCCAGAAGACUCAGACAGGCAAACUGAGAGCAAGCAAGAGGGUUCAGACAUGCAAGCUAAUGACGAGGCAGAACACUCAGACAUGCAAACUAAGAGCAAACCAGAAAAUUCAGACAAACAAGCUGAUGACAAGCCAGAGGGUUCUGACAUAAAAUCUGUUGACAAGCCACAAGGCUCAGACAUACAAACUGAUGAGAAGCCAAAAUGUCAGAAAAAGUCAGAAAGUGGCAUGCACAGGGGGAGGUACUGCGCGAGGAAACUGAAAGGAGCGAGAAAGAAGACCAAGUCUUGCGUGAGAUGCAGGAUUUUGUUUGGUCGCCCAAGCAGAUGUGGACCAUAUCUCUUUGCGUUGAUGAUUCGGAGCCACGGAGAUCGGAGAAAAUGUUUUUGCGUCUAUCAACGAACUGUCGAUCGUACUGAGCAGAACAGGUGGCGAGGAUCUCAGAACAAUCACCGUUCCACAUCAGAAGAAACAGGUCUCAAGGUCUGUUCCGGAGAAUCAGCGUCCACCUCACACACGUGGCGAAAGUUUGAGACGAACAGACUGACGGAAGAGGCAAUUUUCAGAGGCCAAGGUCACCACCCAUGCGCUUCUUCUAUUAAUACCCCUGGUUUAUCGUGUGGGAGUUGGUCAAAGGGAAACAACUCUUCACAAGGUAACCCUAAAGCCUGUACCAGCCGUGUUGAUGAGCUGUUGUACACAGGUGGAGACAGCAUGGAGAUCAUCAAGCUGAAGGAGGAACUGGUGUUUUCGCUCCGUCCAGAUCAACCAUUGUCAGAGCGUCAGACGGUGAAAGGUCUCGCCAAGCACUGCCUGCCAAACAAGGAACGAUGGGAAAUAGACAAACUUAUGCAGAGUCAGAGAGCGGGGCAGCCGCGCGAGGCGUGUGUGGACCACGUGCUGCAGGAGCUGAUAGCACACGGACUCAAGGUCGGACAUGUGGUGCAGUACUUCUCCCAAGACGACAGCCGGCGAGACGACGUCGUCAGAAUCAUUGAGAACAUCCACCAAGACUGUCAGUUCUGCACCUACCUCUUCAAUGACGACGACUACUAAACCCCCGGUAACAACCACAUUUGUCUGAGUGGUGUAGCCUUUUCUGGGAUGACAUUUAUUUGUUAUAAACGAGUUAGAAUGAGUAAUGUUAUACAGCAGCUUUCUUCAUCGUCGUCAUCAGUUCCAUCGGAAUACGUUAAUACUGAAAUGUUAACAUGAAAGACUGUGUUUCAUGAACCUAGCUCAAUAGAUAUGAUAUCUCUAUUCCACAAAAGAUCUAUUUUGUGUUCACAUUGCUACCAACGCUAUUGUCAAUAUUAGCCGUCCAGUAAGCAUAUGCAACAUCCUUCUAUAUACUGCUAAAAAUAUCAUUCAGAUAACUAUAUCAAAGAAUAUACUGAUAGUGGUUCAUUCCCAACUAAAUCGGCUUGGCGAGCUCUUGUAAUCAGACGUCUAUCAGAGAAUGAACAGUACGUUUCGAGGUAGAGACUACCAGAAUUUUCACGGUACCAUAAAACCCAUAAACGGUUACAAAUGCACAUUCUUUAUAAUGUAAUGCAUCUCUAUGCACAAAUAAGACAACCCCUGCAACUUUGUUGUAAAGACGGAUCAAGAGCAAAAGUGUCGAAAGAAUGUAACCAUUGUAAUAGACAUUGCUAUGACUAUGAUGGCCAUAUGUUUUGCACUGUGAUUUUUUUAUGUGUGAGAGAAAUCAUGUCUUCUCAUGUCUGACUGAUAAACUUGAUGUUGAUGUAAAUGUGAAA